CUAACGAUGUGUCAUCAACAUAUCAGGGUGGAAACGACUGAUUCUGGACAAAAUAAGAUUACCCGACAGUUAUUAGUAUUUAUUUAGGAGUUUGCACAGCACAAGUACUAAGUGUUGUUAUUGUGGAUAAGCUGUCAUAAAGGUAACACGAUAAUAAGAAGGAGAAACGGACUGAAGCAGCUUUUAUCUUCACAACUGGACUGUUAGCAAGAAGGCUAACGGGUUAGUUUCUCGGUUUCUUGAUUCCUGACGGGACAAGUGAGGGAUGUCCUGCAGCUUGUUGGAGUUUUGUCGGCUCCAGGAGUUCAAAACGGUCCGGGACUUCUUGUUCCAAAGCCAGAAAAUAGAGCCGGUUGAGAACAAGAAUCAAACAGAUGCGAGCAGCAGAGGUGUGGAUAGACAUGAGGAGAGACAAGUAGAUAAUGAGUUGUCCUGGGACACUUCGGACUGGGAGUCAGCAUGGGAUAAUGGAGAUAAUCCAGAGGAGAAUUCCACUUCUGCCACAACGGUGGAAGAGGACGCUGCAGGGCAGGGUCAACCCUGGCUGCAGGACUGUGUUGUGUCCUUGUCGCCCUGCUCCGACCUGCUAGUGGUGGCUCGUGACCAGAAGGCGGUCUUCCUCUCAGCUAAGUGGCGCACAGAUGACAGCGGCAGAGAGGAGAUGACUCUGGCCGUGUCUUGGUCUGGAAUCCUCGGCACUGAAGAAGGAGAGUGUAUCACCAGUGCCAUUUCUAUCCCCCUGGCAAGCCAAAAAAGAAGCUCCACCGGCCGUCCUGACUGGACAUGUGUGGUUGUAGGUUUCACAUCUGGUUACGUCCGCUUCUACACAGAGAGCGGGGUUCUGCUCUUGGCCCAGCUGCUGCACGAGGACCCUGUGUUGAGACUCAAAUGUCGUACUUAUGAGAUUCCUCGUCAUCCUGGAGUAACGGAGCAGCACGAGGAGAUGAGCAUCCUCUACCCUGCUGCUCUGGUCACCAUAGAUGGCUUCAGUCUCUUUCAGUCUCUGCGUGCCUGCAGAAACCAGGUCGCAAGAGCUACUGCAGCUGGUAGUGAUGUGGUCCCACCUCCCCCUCUGGCCUACAAGAAGUGGGGUCUGCAGGAGAUGGACACCAUUGUGGACCACAGCAGCGUCGGCAUUAUGACGCUGUGUGUGUUUGACCAAAUGAAGAAUGCAUCCAUCCUGGGGGGGUUUAAUGCUUCAGUUAAGGGAAGCCCCCCCGCAAUGAGCCAGUAUAUUACAGUCGGAGCCGGGCCGUACACCGGCUUUUACUAUGCUGUAGAGGGAAGCUCCCAGCCUCUCCUGUCCCACGUGGCUCUGGCCGUGGCCAGCAAACUCACCUCAGCGCUCUUCAGUGCUGCCAGUGGGUGGCUAGGAUGGAACAAGAACAAGAAUGAAGAGGAAGUUGCCCAGAAACAGAAGCCCAAAGUAGAACCGGCGACCCCCUUAGGGAUCAGAUUCGGUCUCCCAGAUUCGCGGCGCCAUGGUGAGGCUAUAUGUCUCUCCCCAUGCAACACGCUGGCUGGAGUGACGGAUGACUUUGGUCGAGUGACGCUGCUGGACUUGGCCAGGGGCAUUGCCAUCCGCAUGUGGAAAGGUUACAGAGACGCCCAGCUGGGUUGGCUGCAGGUUCAAGAGGAGCGCGGCGAUCGAGAGUAUUCUCCAUCUGCUUCCCUUCCCAAACGCCACGCGUUGUUUUUGAUCAUUUACGCCCCCCGAAGGGGAAUCCUGGAGGUGUGGGCCAUGCAGCGGGGUCCUCGAGUCGGUGCUUUCACUGUGGGCAAGCACUGCAAGUUGUUAUAUGCUGGUUACCGUCUGAUGGGGGUAAACAGCGUGACCAGUCAGGGCUGGCAGCUCCACACCCAGCAGGUUUGUUUACUGGAUCCCACCACAGGAGCUCUGAGGACAGUGAACAUCCCCUUCCAUCUCGCCCUCAGUGACAAAAAGAGUGAAAGGGCCAAAGACAUGCACCUGGUAAAGAAACUCUCUGCUAUACUAAAGAGCAGAGAUGUGGAUCCUGAAACUCUGGAAAAUGAAGCAAGAAAUGUCCUGCUGGACAUCAAACAUCCCGCUAUUAAGAAGCAGGCUCUGGAGUCUCUGCUGUCACAUAAGAACACUCCUGUCUCUUGUCUGACUAACAUCAUGUGUGCCUUAAAUGACACUUUAAAAGAGCAAGCUGCUGAUGAGAUGGAUGCUUCAUUGCCUCAGCUCUGCUCCUCACAGCUGAAGCUGCUCCGGCUCUACACCGACAUCCAGCAACUGCAGUCUGCUGCAGACACCGAGACCUGCGCCGAAAAUCAGGACUCCCUGGAAGGCAUAGAGGAUGAACUGUCUCGGGUUGGGCCCAUUUUGCAACGCUACGCACAGCUCACAUCAAAACCCAGCGUUUCCUUCGCCCAGGACUCGCCUGACUCCCCUCUGCCUGUGCAGGCUUUUCUCUCUCAGAUGGAGUGUACAGAGGAUGGCAAGGUGAAAGUGAUCCGGAGGUCUGAAACUGAAUGGAAUCAACUAGGAAACUUCAUGUUCUGGGGUUGUUUAUGUGGUAGAAGCCCCCCCCAUAAAGUCUGCGAUACUCUACAACAAGCUGGCAUCAGUCCCCAGCAGCUGCUGUCUUUGUUGUUGAGUGUGUGGCUGCAAAGGGAAAAAGAGACUCUAACGAAACCAGCUGAAACUGUUAGACACCUACACACACUACUUGUCGCCCUUAGCAACAUAAAAGGUGCAGUGGAGGAGUCGUGGGACCCUCAGUCUAUCUCCCCCUGGUGGCAGCAAGUCCGCUCUACAUGCGUCCAGUCUCACAACGCUGCUGCUGCUUUACUGGCUGCUUUAGUUGCUCACCGUGCCGCCAAGGCCAGCAUCACAAGCCGAGCUGACAGCAAGCUGCAGUCAGAGUGGGAGGCGGUGUCGCUGGAGCUGGAGCAGUGGGUGGUGUGCGUCCGCCAGCUGGAGGAUGUGUUGGUGCUUCAGACCCUCCUGUUGGUGUCUUCUCCUCAGGGAACAGCAGGAGGAGCUGCAGCUCAGUGCUCCACCAAAAUACUGCUGGAGGGAGGCACAGGUGGCAUUGCAGACAGUGUCUCCAAAUGGGUGUUCAGGCAGAACAUGGUGCCUGAGCGGCUAAAGGAAAUCCUCCACAAGAAAGAGGUUUCAGAAGAUUCAGAGGACAAACAGGAGCAGAGGGAGGGAGGUGAAGGAAAUGAGGAAAAGAAGAAUGAAGGCGAUCCAGACAAGACAGCAGAGCUGUUGGUGGCAGUAUGUCAGCGCUUCCCACACUCCCUCUCACCUGACUUGCUUUUCGCCCACUGCUGCUGGGAAUAUGUGGUGCAGUGGAACAAAGACCCAGAGGAGAGUCGAUACCUGUCCUUGGCUGUGGAGCAUUUGAAGCUGAUCUCCAGUCCUCACAUUCAACUCGGUAUUUCCACAAUGAUGUGGAACACAUUCAUUGUGAAGCGUUUCUCAGCAGCUGCCUUCCUCAUGGAGAAGGUGGGGAAAGCACCCAAAGACCGCUUAUGUCGACGGGAUGUCGGAAUGGGGGACAAAGCCAUGACGUCUUUCCUGAGCUGCUGUGUGCAGCUGCUGCAGAUCCUCAUGGAGGCGGACUCGGCCACAGAGGAGGUUCCUGCUCCGGAGCUGUCCGUGGAGGAGGCGUGGAGUGGAGCUGAGGGCCCUGCGUCUAUAGCUGAACUUGCCCUGGAGCAAAGAGGCAUCCACUACCCCCUGGUCCAGCACCACUGCCUGUUAGCUUCUCUGCUGCACGCUGCCAUGAGCUUCAGUGUCAAAGUCAAACCCCUCAGCCUGUUUGACAGCAAGGGUAAGAAUGCUUUCUUUAGAGAUCUGACGACCAUCCAGCUGAUGCCUAGCGGAGACAUGGACCCCAGCUUGGUCUCAAUGCGACAAGAGUUCCUGCUCCGAGUGCUGACUGGUUGGGUCCAGGCUAUAGAUGAUGCCCCCAACUCCACCCCCCUGCCUUCCACUGGACCAAAGGCUAACUGGUGGCCUUCGCUGUGUUUGGAGCUGGGCACCCUGCUGCAGGUCAACCCAGACAUCCUGCAACGGCACCUGGUCUGUGAGCUCUACAACCAGGGCCUGGACCUGCGUGCUGAAGAGAUGAUGCUAGAGGUACAAGAUAAGGAUGUGCUGGGCUCGCAGCUCUUGGUGCUGACUGGUCAGAGGCUGAGCUACUCGCUGCUCCACAGCCAGAGUCAGACUCAGGCUGCAAUGGAGCUGCUGGCUCGCCUACCCCCCACCCUCUGUACAUGGCUGAAGGCCAUGGACCCCAGCGAGCUGAGAUGCCCCCUGGUCCCGCUGCCUCAGACCAGCCGGCUGGUGAGUCGUCUGGUUGAAAUGCUGCCGGAAAAUCACGCCCAGUACAGCCUGGCCCUGCACCUACUGGAAGCCGUGGACGUCCUCGCCACGGACUGAUGCAGGUGGACGGAUUUACACAGACUUUAUAAAAAGAAAAAAACACACCACUUCUCAGCGUAAAAGGCCUUUCACUCUCUCCUCAUGGAGCGUCUGUCAUUUAAAUCGUGUUUAAUUUGAUCAGAAGAGGGCGACUAAAGAGACUUUUAACUUUUUUUUAAAAUGCAUUAUUUUUUUGCAUGUAACAUAAAUGGUAAUAAAUGUGUUAUUACAGAGUAUUGUUGGGUUUAUGAGACGUUAUUACAGAAGGAGGCUGUUUUGUCACUUAACCCUGAUUCUGUCUUUAAAAUCAGCUGUCCUGCCAUGGCCGAAUUAUAUCGCUCAUUUCUCCUUCGCAUUGACAAGAGAUGUAUAAUAAUAAAUAAUGACCUUAUUUUAUUUAUAUCCGCAGACAGGAUUGUACUAGCUGUGCCUGUAAACCUACUGAUCUGUAGUUUUACGGCCAGCUGCUCCUAUCGGGCUCUAAAGCAGAAUAAAGAAGUUUCUCACAAGCUUUGAGGUGAUGCAUCCUCUCUCAUUCUGCUCACUCUGAACACAUAAAGCUAUUUUUAUUCAUUACACAGACUCAGCCGCUUCAUAUAUUAAUGGGAAAGGUACGAGGAUCAGCUUUUAUUAUACAAAGGUAUGUUUACCAGAACUCCUACAUGUCAACAUUCCUGCAGUAUAAACUGUUGUCACACAGUGGCACAGUGUAGUGAAUUAUUCUGCCAUAAACAUUUACAAAACAAACAAA